AUGGGGGCCCAGGGCCUCAGCUUCCCGCCUUGCAACACAAACAGAGAACUCGGGCUUCCGGAAGGGAUUGCAGCUAUCACGGGUGGUCCUGCUGUCUUCACGGACUUCAGGGCCAACGGCAAGCCCUGCCACGCCCCCCGCGCUGAGGGGCCUUCCAUCGCACACCCCAUCCUCGCUCCCUGGCCCCUUUUCACGCAGGCGGACCCCGGCCUCCACGCUGAGCGGCACGUUGUGACCAGCUCCCUCCGCAGCAUCACGGACACCCUCAGUGUCUGGAAUGCGCCGGCAUGUUGCAACUCCCUCCAAACACAGCACUUCCUGCCGGGGCCGCCUGCAGCACCGAAGCUGGGGGGGGGGGUCCCUCAGGAUGGAGAAGGAGGUCCACAGGACACGUCCGGCCACAGCCGUGGCUUCCAUGAGCUCGCUCCCGCCGCCGUGUCUGCCACCGUCGAACAGGAGUUUGAGGAGUUGGAUGCUCAGAAUCGCUGGCAACAGCUGUACUUGGAAAUUCGCAAUGAGUCCCAUGACUAUCCUCAUAGAGUGACCAAGUUUCCAGAAAACAGAAAUCGAAACAGAUACAGAGAUGUAAGCCCAUAUGAUCGCAGUCGUGCUCAGCUGCAAAAUGCUGAAAAUGAUUAUAUAAAUGCCAGUUUAGUUGAUACAGAAGAGGCGCAGAGGAGUUACAUCUUAACACAGGGCCCACUUCCUAAUACAGGUUGCCAUUUCUGGCUCAUGGUUUGGCAGCAAAAAACCAAAGCAGUUGUCAUGCUAAACCGAGUUGUGGAGAAGGAAUCGGUUAAAUGUGCACAGCACUGGCCAACAAAAGGUGAUCGAGAGAUGCUGUUUAAAGAAACAGGAUUCAGGGUGACGUUCUUGUCAGCAGAUGUGAAGUCAUAUGAUACAGUACAUCUACUGCAGUUAGAAAAUAUCACUAGUGGUGAAACCAGAACAAUAUCUCACUUUCAUUAUACUACCUGGCCAGAUUUUGGAGUCCCUGAAUCACCAGCUUCAUUUCUCAAUUUCUUAUUCAAAGUGAGAGAGUCUGGUUCCUUGAAUCCUGAACACGGGCCUGCAGUGAUCCACCGUAGUGCAGGCAUUGGGCGGUCAGGCGCCUUUUCUCUAGUAGAUACCUGUCUUGUUCUGAUGGAAAAAGGAGAUGAUAUUAACAUUAAACAACCGUUACUGAGUAUGAGGAAAUAUCGAAUGGGACUUAUUCAGACACCAGAUCAACUCAGAUUUUCAUAUAUGACUAUAAUAGAAGGAGGAAAAUUUAUAAAGGGAGAUUCAAAUAUACAGAAACGGUGGAAAGAACUUUCUAAGGAAGACUUAUGCCCUGCUUUUGAUCAUUCACCAACCAAAAUAAUGACUGAAAAAUACAAUGGUAAUAGGACAGGCCUAGAAGAAGAAAAACUGACAGGUGACAGAUAUACAGGACUAUGCUCUAAAAUGCAGGGUACUACGGAAGAGAACAGCGAAAGUGUCUACGGAAACGAAUUCGAGACGACAGAAAGGCUGACACGGCUCAGAAGGUCUUUGUGCUGACCUUGCCGGU